UCUCUGUUUUUACAUCUCGUUUCAAUUCACCCUCUCUCAAGAUUUCGCCGACUGCUUCUCUCCUUCUUCACAAGAAAGAAGCUAUACAUACACACACACACACACAUACAUACACCUUUCUCAAUUUCUUCUUCGCCGCCUUUAUAGCCUCUGCAAAUCUCUCAGAUCGCCGGCGAUCUCUCACCACCUGCACCCCUAACACUGGAGGAUUUAUUACUUCAAGAAGAAGUUAACUCCACUUUCUCUAUUUAUCCGCUAUUUGAGUAGCUUAAUCAAACUACAAAUCACAGUGUGGAGAAGAGUUUCUUUUAGCAUAAAUGCCUGUUGCGAAACUUUUGGGCACCAGUACGCCAGAUGCCAUGAAGUCAGAUGAGGGUACCGAUUCAUUGGAUACUUUCAUCAGGCAAGCUGUUGGGAAAGAGCCUUUAUUUUCGUUUUCAAGGACCGGUGACAGCCCAACCCAGUGGAUACAGUUGCUUCAUACCUUUGAUCAGCCAGAUCUCCCUGGUUGGCCUUUGCUGGCUCCUAUGAAGGUUCAGUUGCAGAAGUGUGAUAAGUGUUCACGUGAGUUCUGCUCAACUAUCAAUUAUCGGAGACAUAUAAGAGUGCAUCGCCGGUCCAUGAACUUUCAUAAGGAGCCUCAGAAGUACAGGGAUUUACUAGGAGCAUUUUGGGAUAAGCUCAAUGAUGACGAAGCUAAGGAUAUCAUGUCUUUCAAGGAUGUUACGCUUGAGGAAGUUCCAGGGUCUUCUAUAGUAAAGAAUAUUGCAGCUAAUUUACGGAAGCCAAUUUUUCUAUCUCUUCCACAAGUAUAUGUGAAGGCUGGCUCUGCACUAGUGGAUAUUAUUCAAGGUAGAUCAUCCAUGCUGCGAGUUUCAUCCCAGGAAUUAUUCAGUGUCCUUGAUGAUGCUAGUGAGAGAACGUUCCUAUGUGCUGGAACAGCGGAAUCAUUGAAAAAAUACGUCUUCGACGGGGAAGCUGGGAAAAUCGGGCUUGAGAUGAAAAACUUAAUUGCUUGCACAAGUUUUCUUGUUGAACAAAAAUUGGUGAAGGCAUGGCUUGCAGACAAAGAUGCCGAAGCAUUGAAAUGCCAGAAGCUGCUUGUAGAGGAAGAGGAAGCUGCUCAGAGGAGGCAAGCUGAGCUGUUAGAAAGAAAAAGACAAAGAAAGAUUCGGCAGAAAGAGCAGAGGGCAAGGGAUCAGUCUAACGACAUGAAGGUAGAGUUAUCCACCGCGUCUGAUCUAUUUGAGAGCAUCCCAUCAGCAGAGAAUUCCGGCCGUCAGAUCUCUCCGGAGAUCGAUUCUCUCAUCCCAGAUGGAAACGGAAACGUAGCUUCUCCUUUUGAUCUCAUUCAGUUAUCGAGCAAUGAAGAAGCCCUCGAUCAUUUAGAUUCUGCUGCCAAUAAGUUGAAUAACAGUUCACAGCAUUUUAUUGCUAGAUGGCAGGUGCCAAAAUCACAAAGAAAUGGUCGCAAUGGUCGUCAUAAUAAUAAUAAUCAGAAUGGAAAUUAUGUAAAGUGGGAACCGGCACACAAGCAUAGGGAACAAAGGGGUAAUAACGGUGGUAAAAUUUGGACUAAGAAACCUAAACCCGAAAGUGGUGUAACUGUAAAAUCCAGAGUAGAUAGUGAUGCAAAUAAUCAAACCGCGCAGAACGGCUGCCAGUUAAUGAUUGGUUCCAUAUCUGUUACUGUGAGGAACAGUACAACAAAUCAGCCGCACGUCAACAGUUCGGUGGCUGAGUUUAAAGAUAAUGACAAAACGGAAAACAAGACAAAAAGUGGUCAAAAUGUCGCCAACAGGGGUCAACCGACAGCUAUUAGCAAAAGCCAAAUGUUAGAAGAGGAGGUGACAUCAACAAGAGGCGUUGACCAAAAUUUGACUCGUGAGAGUUGUCAACAGUCGUUGGAAGUGAAUGGAAGUGUCAGCGAGGAUACCAACGUCUCAGAUGUACAAGUGGAAGUUGGUGAUAAGCUAACGCAUUUUUCGGUUGAUGCAGCAAAAGAUUUUCUCUCUCAGAGAUGGAAAGAGGCAGUUGCAGGGGACCAUGUGGAAUUGGUUCUAACAACAGCACCUGAACCAUCGGUGCAACUUGAUCAUGCAGAAUCGGGUCCUUCAAAAGGUCAAGCUGAUUCAUCGGUUCAUGCAAAUGCUAAACCCAAGUUUAGGAACAAAAGUAUGAAGACCAAGUACAUUCCAAAACAGAGACCCGUUUACUAGGACUUGAAUUUUUUCGUAGGUUCGUUUUUAUUAUUAUACCCAAUGAAAAAUCAGUGAUGUGUAGUUUGAUCAACUUGAGACUGUUUGUCUACACUGUUAUUAGCCAGAGGUACCUGUUUUACCGGUGGGUUUUAUCUUUGAGAAAGAUUUUACAAAAAAGAGGAAAAAGUGAUGUUCUCAUA